AUGGCAGACAAAAACCGGGAGAACUCAUUAGUCACCGUAGUGUUCUCUACCAGGCUGAAAGAUCCAAGAACAGGGGCACGGGAAGCCCACUCUCAGGACCUCAAGUGUCCUCAAAUUCCUCAAGAGCUGCAAGGCCGCAGGCGUCAGGCCUCACCUUCUGCCACUCCAGUGGUUGUCCCUGAGCCAAAAGCAAAGAGGAAGAGGGGCCAGGUGAAACGUAAAUUGGCAGCUGCCCAGGAGAAAAGCCCUACAGCCUCGAGCGCAGCCAACACACAAGCUGCCUCUGAGAGGCCAAAGAAAAGGGCCAAAUGGAGUGUCACCCAUACUGAAGAGACAAAAAUCUGCUUGUCCAGAAAGAGAUCCAGCUACCGAGCAGAAGACCUUGAAGCCUUUUAUCGACUUCUGGAGGAUCCUGUCAUCCAAGGCUUCUUGGAAGCUGACACAUUCCUGAGAGUCACGGACAAGUAUCUCCUGUCAAUGGUGGUGGAGUAUUUUGGUCGCAUCGGGCUGCCUGGACACCUCUAUAAUAGGAUCCACUUCUUCCUCGCCCUUUACAUCGCCUGCGACAUGGAAGAAGAUGACCCCUUAGCUAAGAGGUACAUUUUUCCAUUCUUACUGGGCAUGGAUCUUUGGCGUGACCUGUAUAAAGACUUUCUAAAGCUGCAGAGCAAAUUUGUUCAAGCCAUGGACUACCGAGCUUGGGUCACACGCGAAAUAUGUGAGGAGAUCCAGAGCCAGAACCCAGACCACUGGAUCUGGAGUCGGGUGCGUAAGAGCGCCCCUUAG